GAGGGAGCCAGUUGUCUGCGGCCUGAGCUCAGGACCGUACAGCCAGGAGCAGCUCAGGAGGCCAGGGCUGGGUGUCCAGUCCUCAGCACCGACCUCCCUCCAACCCACCGUAGGACGGGCACCGGGCCGGGGUGAGGGGCUGCUCCACGUCCGCUGACGAUGUGGCUGAACCCGGAGGAGGUGCUGCUGCUGGCCAACGCGCUAUGGGUGACCGAGCGAGCCAACCCGUUCUUUAUUCUGCAGAGGCGCCGGGGACACGGCAAAGGAGGAGGCCUGACAGGCUUGCUUGUGGGGACUCUAGAUGUUGUAUUGGACUCAAGCGCCCGCGUUGCUCCUUAUCGGAUAUUGCACCAGACCCAAGAAUCACAGAUCUACUGGACAGUGGCUUGUGGAACCUCCCGAAAAGAGAUCACUGCACACUGGGAGUGGCUGGAGAGCAAUCUGCUGCAGACUCUCUCAAUCUUUGAAAAUGAGGAUGACAUCACAACCUUUGUCAAAGGCAAAAUCCAUGGUAUUAUUGCUGAGGAGAACAAAAGCCUGCUUCCAAAGGAUGAAGAAGACCCUGGGAAGUUCAAGGAAGCCGAGCUGAAAAUGAGGAAGCAGUUUGGGAUGCCUGAGGUGGAGAAGCUGGUGAAUUAUUACUCCUGCAGCUACUGGAAGGGACGGGUCCCCAGACAAGGAUGGCUCUACCUGACUGUUAACCAUGUCUGCUUCUAUUCAUUUUUGUUGGGGAAAGAAGUGACUUUGAUUAUCCAAUGGCUUGAUGUGACUCAGCUUGAGAAGAAUGCAACGCUGCUUUUCCCAGAAUGUAUCAAGGUCAGCACACGGGACAACGAAUACUUUUUCUCCAUGUUCCUCAACAUCAGUGAGACUUUCAAGCUCAUGGAACAGCUCGCCAACAUUGCUAUGAGACAGCUUCUGGACAAUGAGGGUUUCCUGGAGGAUCGGAACUUGCCCAAACCUACACGUCCUCUCAAAAACAUCUCUGCUCUGAAGAGAGACCUGGAUGCUAGGGCAAAGAAUGAACAGUAUCGUGCCACGUUCCGACUUCCCAGAGACGAGAGGCUGGAUGGACACACAGACUGUACAUUGUGGACACCAUUUGCCAAGAUGCAUAUCCCUGGUCAAAUGUUUGUUUCUAAUAACUACAUCUGCUUUGCCAGCAAGGAAGAAGAGGCUUGUCACCUAAUUAUACCCCUCCGGGAGGUAACCAUCGUGGAGAAGGCUGAUAGUUCCAGCGUGCUUCCUAGACCAUUGUCCAUCAGUACUAAAGGGAAAAUGACUUUUCUGUUCGCCAAUCUUAAAGACAGGAACUUUCUGGUUCAACGCAUCUCAGACUUCCUGCAGAAGACAUCCCUACAGAGCGCCAGAGGAGACAACGGAGGGGAACAACGGGCUGCCAUGCGGAAAGGAAGCAGUGGCAAUGGCACAUAUGAGGCACCAUGGCUUGAUCCCAGUAGCCCAACUUAUGACGGACCCAGUGUUCCUCAGAAGACUAAUAAUACAGGGGCUCCCACUACCUCUCAUGGGCUCCUGAAACUCUUCCAGAGAGAAUCCAUUGAAGAACUAGGUCCUAAAUGGGCCAAGGAGAAAAUGAAGGAAGAGUCUUGGAACAUUCACUUCUUUGAGUAUGGUCGUGGGAUGUGCAUGUAUCGAACAUCAAAGACCCGUGAGCUGGUGCUAAAAGGCAUUCCGGAGAACUUGCGAGGAGAGCUCUGGCUCUUGUUCUCAGGGGCCUUAAAUGAAAUGGCAACACACCCUGGUUAUUAUGCUGACCUGGUAGAGAAAUCCACUGGAAAAUGUAACCUUGCCACAGACGAGAUAGAGCGUGAUCUCCAUCGCUCUAUGCCUGAACACCCUGCGUUCCAGAAUGAACUAGGAAUAGCUGCAUUACGCCGCGUGCUGACAGCAUAUGCUUUCCGCAACCCUAACAUUGGGUACUGCCAGGCGAUGAAUAUAGUGACCUCCGUUCUGCUUCUUUACUGUAAUGAGGAAGAGGCAUUUUGGCUGCUGGUGUCUUUGUGUGAACGGAUGCUUCCAGAUUAUUACAACACUCGGGUUGUUGGCGCCUUAGUGGACCAGGGUGUAUUUGAGGAAUUGACACGUGAGUUUCUACCACAGCUGUCUGAGAAGAUGCAGGAACUGGGAGUGAUCUCCACCAUUUCUCUGUCGUGGUUCCUCACCUUGUUUCUUAGUGUCAUGCCAUUUGAGAGUGCAGUGGUGGUGGUUGACUGCUUUUUCUACGAAGGGAUCAAACUGAUUCUACAACUAUCACUGGCCGUGCUUGAGGCCAACAUGGAAAGCCUUUUGAACUCCAAUGAUGAAGGGGAAGCCAUGACUGUACUUGGGAGAUAUCUUGAUAAUGUGGUAAACAAGCAGAGCGUGUCACCUCCAAUCCCUCAUCUGCAUGCCCUUCUCACCAGUGGGGAUGAACCUCCGGUUGAGGUUGACAUAUUUGACAUCAUCAAAGCAUCAUAUGAGAAGUUUAGGAGCCUGAGAGCUGAUGACAUUGAACAGAUGCGGUUUAAGCAGAGGCUGAAAGUCAUACAAUCUUUAGAGGAUUCUGCAAAGAGAAGUGUGGUGAGAGCUAUUUCCACUGAUCUUGGCUUCUCCAUGGAAGAGCUUGAAGAUAUGUACGUUCUGUUCAAGGCUCAGCAUCUAAUGAGCUGUUAUUGGGGAGGGAACCGCACAUCCAGCAAUCGCCAUGACCCCAGCCUGCCUUAUCUGGAGCAGUACCGCAUAGACCUAGAUCAGUUUCUGGAGUUGUUCACCCAACUCACACCCUGGUCUUUUGGCCCACACACCUCCAUCUUGGCUACUCGUAUCUUCCGCUUGUUGGAUACUAACAAAGACUUGCUAAUAAACUUUAAAGAAUUUGUAACUGGACUUGGAGGAAUGUAUCAUGGUGAUAUGACAGAGAAGCUUAAAUUUCUUUACAAACUGCACCUGCCACCUGCCUUAGGUGCAGAAGAAACAGAAUCAGCCCUAGAAGCGACAAACUUCUUCACCGAGGAUGUGACUCCAGAAGUAUCUCCUUAUCUCUCCGAACUGGAUCUUAUUCUCCAGAGUGAGUUCCCAGACUCUGAUGGACAGGGCAAUGGAUCUGCAUCUGACAACGGUGACUCCCAAGAUAAAAAGGAGGAGAAAACAGCCAGUGCUCCUGACUAUAAGUACUAUCUGCGCAUGUGGGCCAGUGAGAAGGAGCAGAAGAAGGAAACUAUCAAAGACAUGCCUAAGAUGAACCAGGAGCAAUUUAUUGAGUUAUGCAAGACAUUCUACAAUAUGUUCAGUGAGGACCCAGUUGAGCAAGAACUAUACCAUGCUAUAGCCACGGUGGCCAGUCUUCUGCUGCGUAUUGGUGAGGUGGGAAAAAAGUUCUCUAAUCCUCCCCUUAGGAAUUCUGAGGGUGGGCAAACAAAUAUAACCAGAGAGCCCUCUAGUGAAGAAGAAGAGCAGAGCUCAGGUCUGGAUAGUAGACAGCCGAGGACCUCAAAAGAAGAACAGUCCACACUACCAAUUCCUGUUCCUGGCAACAAUGGAUCAGCUAUCACUCAAGAUGAAAUCCAAAAACUGAAAAAAGAAGUAGGAAACACAGAGAGAAACAGCCCUCCUACACAGCCCACCUCUGAUGAUGAAACCAAGGAUGAUACCUCAGUCUCCUCCUAUUCUAUGGUGAGCGCCAGCUCACUUCAGUGUGAGGAUAUUGCAGAUGACACAGUGUUAGUUGGGUGUGAGCCUGGCAGUGUAACACCCAAGUAUGGCAGUACCAUUGAUGCAGAAUGGUCAAUCUCUUUUGAACAGAUUCUGGCUUCCAUGCUUACUGAGCAAGCAUUAGUCAGUUAUUUUGAGAAGAAAGUGGACAUUGCACAGAAGAUCAAGCAGAAGAAAGUUGAAAGGCAAAUCAGCUCUUCAAGUGAACAUGAGCUUUCUUCUGUCUCUGGCUAACAGAUGUGAUCCUAAAUUAUUUAGAUGGUUGAGCUUGAGUGAAUUCUCCAUUGAAACAGACGACAACUUCUCGUGAACUUGGUCCCUCCUAAGCUGCUCUUCUUGUCUCUGUAUUUUAUGCACCUCCCUUCAGUAGCAAAUGCCACCUUCUGUAAAUCCUUGCUUGAUGUAAUAAUCUUCCCCCUCAAGAAAAAAAAAAAAAAAAAACAUGACUGUAGGUUUUUAUUUGCAGCUUUAAAA